GAACUACACUUCUUGUUGAGCGAACGGCUCCGGCAGGCCGCGCGUUACGGGGGCGUCACACUGCCCGCACCCGGGUCCAGAGCUGCAGAGUGUUUGAGGGGCAGGUCGGAGGGGGGUGCCUUUUCCUUCACUCUGCGCUCAGGCGGUGCUGAUCCGUGUUAUCUCGCCCCUCUGCCGUGCGCUCCUGGCCCGGCUCCCGGUGUCAGCUUUUCCUGGGCCCCUCAAGGAGUUGGGGCCUGGAGGUUCGGAGGUAACGGCCGCUGCCUGGCGCGGGAGCGAGGGGCGCUCCCCUCUUCAGCCCAGCCAACCCCGCACCUGGCCCUUGCCUCCAUGGGCCCAACUCAGAAACCCAACGUGUGCCGCCAGCUGAGUCGCCGGGCGCUGGGCUUCUUCUCGCGGGACGCAGGCGUGGUGCAGAGGACGAACCUGGGCAUCCUGAGGGUGCUGGUGUGCCAGGAAAGUACUAAAUUUAAGAAUGUGUGGACAACUCAUUCCAAGUCACCUAUAGCCUAUGAGAGAGGAAGAAUAUAUUUUGACAAUUAUCGGUGCUGUGUCAGCAGUGUUGCCUCAGAGCCAAGAAAACUUUAUGAAAUGCCAAAAUGUUCCAAAUCAGAAAAAAUAGAGGAUGCAUUAUUAUGGGAAUGCCCGGUGGGGGAAAUACUUCCCAAUUCAUCAGAUUAUAAAUCUUCACUUAUAGCACUGACUGCUCAUAAUUGGCUAUUUCGCAUAUCAGCAACUACUGGGAAAGUACUUGAGAAAAUAUAUCUUGCUUCAUAUUGCAAAUUCAGAUACCUGAGCUGGGACACUCCUCAAGAAGUCAUUGCAGUUAAGUCAGCUCAAAACAAGGGCUCAGUAUUGGCCCGGCAGACGGGCAUUCAACAGCCUGUUUUGCUGUACCUUGCAGUGUUCCAUGUUUUACCUUUUUCACUCAUAGGGAUUCUGGAGAUCAACAAGAAGAUUUUCGGGAAUGUUACAGAUGCUACCUUGUCUCAUGGAAUACUGAUUGUGAUGUACAGCUCAGGAUUGGUCAGACUCUAUAGCUUCCAAGCCAUCACUGAACAGUUCAUGCAACAGAAACUUGACUUAGGGUGUGCAUGCAGAUGGGGUGGGACUGCUGGAACUGUAGGAGAGGCUCCUUUUGGCAUUCCUUGUAAUAUUAAAAUCACAGACACACCACCACUGCUCUUUGAGGUGUCCUCCCUGGAGAAUGCUUUUCAAAUUGGAGGCCAUCCUUGGCACUACAUCAUCACACCUAAUAAGAAGAAACAGAAAGGGGUUUUCCAUAUUUGUGCCCUGAAAGACAACUCCUUGGCAAAAAAUGGGAUCCAAGAAAUGGAAUGUUGUUCUCUAGAAUCUGACUGGAUCUAUUUUCAUCCUGAUGCUUCUGGUAGAAUAAUACAUGUCGGCCCAAAUCAGGUCAAAGUUCUAAAGCUAAAUGAAGUAGAAAAUAAUAGUGCCCAGCAUCAGAUCUCUGAAGAUUUUGUCAUUUUGGCCAACAGGGAGAAGAACAAAAAUGAAAACUUACCCACUGUUACAGCUUCUGGACGGGUGGUGAAAAAAAAUUUUAACCUUUUGGAUGAUGACCCAGAACAAGAGACUUUUAAAAUUGUGGACUAUGAAGAUGAGCUGGAUUUGCUUUCCGUGGUAGCUGUUACCCAAAUAGAUGCUGAAGGAAAAGCUCACCUGGAUUUCCACUGUAAUGAAUAUGGAACUUUACUUAAAAGCAUUCCACUAGUGGAGUCAUGGGAUGUGACAUACAGCCAUGAAGUCUACUUUGACAGAGACUUGGUACUACACAUAGAACAGAAACCAAGCAGAGUCUUCAGCUGCUAUGUUUACCAGAUGGUAUGUGACCCUGGUGAAGAAGAAACAACAAACAGAAGUUGUGAAAAAGAGUGAGAUAAUUUUAAAUUUUGAGAUAUAACUUAUGAGAAUUUUAGCCACAUAACCCCCAGCAGCUAUGUUCAAUCCUCCUUUUUGUUAUCUGCGUAGCAAGUUCUCUAGUAUUUUCUAGAAAAGGUCUUGUGUUGUCUUCAGAUGACUGUGACUUCUUUUUUAAAUUCUUGCCAUUCAAGGGGGUGGUAAGGAGCAUUUUAGAGCUUUUCACUGGUGGUGGCGCAAAUAUUAAGUGUUGGGGAGCACAAAAUACAAGUUAAUUUCAGUUGUUGGGAGAGGGUUAUUGAUGGAGAAGUAUUUAACAUGGUUCUUAAAGGAUGGUAUGGAAUUUUGAUAGGUAAGACUAGACAGGAGAGACAGACAGAUGUAGAAGAUACAGAAAGAAAUCCUCUAACCUCUACACCAAACUUUGCCUAAGGGUGAGAAAGGAGAUCUGUAAUGUGAAAGAAUACUUUUGAGCCAUAAAUAUGUCAUCACAUUUAAAAAAUAAUAUAUAUGUAUAUGUAUGUUUUAUAUUUAUAUAUAACAUUAGGAAUUGGCUCUAGUUCCCAGAUUAUCUUUUAUUCCAUGGUUUUAUUUUCUUGGCUUGGUGUUCCCAUUGAUUAUUUUUCUAUCAUAGACUAAUGUAAAAGAUUCCAAGAAAAGAAAUUUUUUUCUGGUAUAUAGACUGUUCAGCUCUUAAUAUAUCUAAGAAUGUUGUACUCAUCUCACCAUUCUAUUUAUUUGGUGAGUUUUCCAAUUCUGCUUAUAGGCAGUAUUUUCAUACCUAUGCAAUAAGAUAAAGGUAUCCUGGAUCCCACCAGUUCUGCUCCUUGUAGAAGAGUAGAUAAAGUCUUAAUUCCUACUAGUUUGGGAAUUGACUGAUUAGCUAGAAAAGGCUUUUGGCUCUAUCUUAGUUGUGAAAUGAGUAUUUUUUUCUUCUUUGUUAGGACAAAUCUAAAUUUAAUUCUUGAACUCAGAUAAUCAUUCUACAGAUUGUUAAAUAAAAGCAACCUAAGGGAGAAAAUUGUUUCUUUUUGCUUCCUGUUUGAGAAAUCCAGUUGCUGCAAUCCACAUGUUCAGCACAUUUCUGAUUCAGUCUCAAAAGAAUAGUAAAAAUAGAAGGGGAGGAAACAGAGUAAAAACCAUUGCUGAUUCAAAUUUAAGGUUAAAUUUAGGAUUUUAGCUUAGAUAAUUUACAUUAAAAUUCAGUUUUGGGGGGCACCUGGGUGGCUCAGUUAGUUAAGUGUACCAACUCUUGAUCUCAGCUCAGGUCUUGAUCUCAGGGUCAUGAAUUCAAAGCCCCGCAUUGGGGUAAAAAAAAAAAAAAAAAUUUAAAUCCUUCCAUUUUUCCUUCGGCUUUGGCUUCAUCCCAUGUUAAGAAGGAUGUGAAUCUUCCCUUUUUUGCCCUUGAAUUUUGCAGAUAAAUUUCAAACUUAUUAGAAUCAACAGGGCUGAGGACAUUCCAGACAUCAAGAAAUUAGUAACACAGUCCUUAAAUUUAAAAAGAAAUAAAGAGAGCAAACCUAAAACUGUCUUUUGUGCAGUAGAAAAGAAGAUUGCUGACAUUUUAGAGUAAGAGAAAAUAUUUAUAUGUGGGCUAAAGAUAAAUCUUUCUGAAUCUGAUCCAAAGUGUAAUAACCAUUUGGGAAAGCAGAAGUGAUUACCUCAUGAGCGAGAUAACUAUCUUCAUGUAUUAAAUUCUAUACUUUUAUAUCUACUAAUUGAAAAAUCUACUCUUGUUUUCUGUACCUUUAAUAGUACUAUUUAAUAUAAUGUUUGAAGCUUUCAGAGCCUUUUAGAGACAUGAUCGUGGUUAUAGCAGUUGAAUAGGUAUAAUGUGCUGGAUAUUGCCCCAAACUCCCAACUAGACACUAACUGUAUCUAAACAGUCAUACCCAGUGAAUUUAUACCUUGAAAAACAAGUUCUGGAUAAGAGGUAAUAGAUAAUAAAUGCCAAAGAAAAGAAAGAAACCAGCGUUAUAUGGGUUUCAAAGAGAUGCAAUGCUAUAUAAAAGCCGAAGGCCUACUCUCCAAGAGUGUUUCAGAAAAGGAUGUCCUAAGACUUCAAUCCUGUUUGGUUUUUUAAAGAAAGAGCUUGUAGAGUUUCCCCUUCUCCUCUAAGUCAUUAUCUUCUUUUGAUGAAAUCAUAGGAACUCAUUGGCUCAGAAAGGCAUCUGAGAACUAGCUGAGAUUCUUAGCUGCUUUUAGGCUGGGCAGGUAUGAGUGGGUGGGUAGAAUAUUUCAAGGCUAGGUAUGAACUGACCACUAAGAAACUCCUAAUGUUUCACUACUGCCAAAAUCAAACCAGACCAGGAUCCACAUGCCCUAUGAGCCAGGCAGGAAAUGCACCUGAGGUGAAAGUCCAUAGGGAGUUGUGGGGAGUGUAACAAACAGAAGGGUUAUGCCCCAAGUAAGAGGACAGGCUGCUCCUACAUAGUUUCAGCCAAUCGUAACAGUAUGUGGGAAUGUGGGCUACAUGUUUGUUAACAGGAUGGUUGAUAAAAAGAUGCCAAAAGGUAGAAGAUUCUAAAGAAUGUAGCAAGUGCAUGGAUAACGCACACAACAGGAAACAGUACAGCAUGCUUCCCAAACAAGCUUCCCAGCUUCCCAUAGGGCUACUGCAGCUGCUCAUUCAUUGCAGGCAUGACACUGCAAUUCUCUGGGGUGGAAGAAAGUGGCAGUUAAUAUUCUCCUGGCCCCAUCUUAACCACCAUUGUCUGCCUGACUGUGUUUGAGUCUUUAACUGUGUGCCCACCUUCUUAACAAGCACUAGUGAUAAGCAUAAAACAUUAUGGGUAACAUUUCUGAGUGUUCAAUGCAAAACCGAGGGAAGCAGUAUAGCUUCUUUCAGCAAGUCUAAACAAUAUGCUGAUAAGUGUAUUUCUGCAUUUCACUACUUGCAAUUCUGUAUCCUCGCCGUAUCAGUGCAGCAGGGUUAUCCUCCUUUGACUUUCUAAAACAUUUCUCACAAUUUGAGGGGUUUGAAUUACCUAGUGAGGAGAAGAUGUUCUAUUUAAACAAAUUAAGGUACUCCACAUUCUUCCACCAAUUGAAUGUUUUGUUUUUUGUAUGUACUUUUUAAAAAAAUGAUAACUUACAUAUAUUGAGUGCUUUCUGUCUACCAAUCACUGUGAUACAUGUAAAACGAAUUGGCUCACUCAAAAUUCAGAAUAAUCAUAUGAAGUACAAACUACCAUUAUCCUUCCACAUUUUGUAAAUGAGGAAAGUGAGUCUUAUAGAAGUUAAUUUGCUCGAGGUCCUACAACUAGUAAGUACAGAGUUAGGAAACAUCCAGAUUUGUUUGACACAUUCUUAUGCCAGAUUUCCUCCAGAGCUCUCAAAAACAAAUGAUUUUAUUUUAUCUCAUAUAUAGCAUACUUACAAUGAUAAUACUGGGUAUAGGAAAAUGCUUAGUAAGUGUUUUUUAAAUGGUUAGAUAUCCAAAUUUUGGACAAAGUUUGAAUGAGAUACAAUUGGCCUAUUCACAUAUAUUACCUGAUAUAAAAAAAGAUGAUUCUUCUAUUCAGUGGUUAAAAGUAUUUAAAAAAAAAUACAAAAUCUGGUACUCUCAUCCUGUUUGUGGAUGAUAAUAAACAUCAGUAUUAGUAAUUACUCUUAAGGUAACUUGGCUUCCUUUUUAAUAAUUUUUAUAGUUUCUUACCUUUCUUACCAUGUUUACAUAUGUUAUCUAACUUAGAAUUUCAAUUUCAGGGAAAAUUCUGGGGCUAAUUUCUGGUCCCUGUGUUGCUAUAGAACCUACCUCUGUCUUACAGAAGGAAUAAUUUAUUACAGGCAUAGAAUAUAAUAUUAGAAAAAUAAGACCAACUGAGGGCUCUUCUCCAUCAUUUUAAUAUGAAAAUUUUCAAACAUACAGCAAAGUUGAUGGAAUUUUACAGUAAAUACCCAAUUGCCAACUUCAUGGAUCCUAAAUUUUACAUCUAUAUUUUAUUACUCAUCUAUCCAUGUUACUUUUAUGAUGCAUUUCAAAGUAAAUUGCAGACAUCAGUUUACUUCCCCCAAAUACUUCAGCAUGCAUUUAAGUAAGUAGAGUUUAAUGUUUGGUUUUUAAAUUUUUUGAUGUACACUUAACAUGCAGUGAAAUGCACAAAUGUUAAAUAUAAACUUGCUGAGAUUUUGCAAAUGCAUUCAUCUCUGUAACCCAAACCCUUUUCAAAAUUUCAAACACAGUAGUCAUUGCAGAGAGUUUCCUCAUGUUCCUUCCCAGUCGAUUCCCACCCGACCUAUCACCUGUUUUGAUUAUUUUGCCUCACAGAUUAAAUUUACCCAUUCUAAAACUUGAUUAUGAGUGAAUUCAUACAAAGCAUAACGCUUCCUUGGUCAGCAUGUUUUUGAGGUUAAUUCAUGUCACAUAUACCAGUGACUCAUUCCUUUUUAUUGCUGAAUAGUCUUCUGUAUGAAUGUCAGUUUGUUUUUUCCAUUUUCCUGUUGAUGGACACCUGGGCUGUUUCUGCUUUUUCUUUUUCUUUUGCUAUUAUGAAUAAAGUGCUCUGAACAUGUA